UAUUUACCGUUUUGUUAAGCCUCUCAAUCCAGUUUGUAGCAGAACGAGAUUUGUUGUUAAUUAAUUUGGUCGGCUUUAUCGAUAAAAAAUAAUUAAGAUAAAAAAUUAAUAAUCAGAUUGUGUAAAAGUUCGCAUUUCCAUCGUUUUAACAUUCAUUUAUAUAAAAAACGCAUCGAUUAUUUUUAAAAAAUAUAGACAAUAAUAUUUUUUUGUUUGUUACAAGUAAUAAGAAUUAUUUUUGAAUUGUAGAAAAAUUUUAAGUAUAUAAGAAGAAUAAGAGAUUCUAAAAGAUGUCUACUUUGGAAGAUAAAAUUUUAGGAGAAAAAACACACUACUAUUGUAGUAGCUCCAGCGAGGAUGAAAAUGAUAGUGAAGACUUUGAUAAAGAAGUUGACAAAGAAGAAGACAAAUAUAUACGUUCAGAUACAUCUUCUUAUUCCAAUGCACCUUCUUACUCAGAAUGGGAUGGAUCCUCCAGUAAUACAGGACCAAAAGGUGUCAUUAAAGAUUGGCAACGAUUUAAACAAAUAGAAACAGAAAAACAAGCAGUACUUGCAAAAGAGAGAAUAGAAUUAAUUAAGAAAUUAAGUCUUUCAUGUCGCACUGAUCUAGAUGAAGAAAAAGAGAAACUGGAAGAAACAGAUCCAGAACUUGCUGAUCUAUUAACAGAUGAAUUUCUAAUAACUUAUCAAAAGCAAAGAAUGAAAGAAAUGCUUGCAAAAGCAGAAAAACUACGUUUUGGACAACUCAUUAAUUUAGAAACAGCUGAUCAAUUCGUAGAAUCUAUUGAUAAUGAGGAUAAAUCAGUAACCAUUAUUAUUCAUAUAUAUGAAGAUAAAGUCAUUGGAUGCAAAACCAUGAAUGGAUGUUUAACGGCUCUUGCAGAGGAUUAUCCUUUCGUUAAAUUCUGCAAAAUUUCAGGAUCGGUGGCAGGAUUGAGUAAACACUUUAAACAAAAAGGUGUCCCUGCUUUAUUAGUCUAUAAACAAGGACAAAUAAUUGGAAAUUUUGUCCAAUUGACGGAACAAUUGGGAUCAGAUUUUUAUGCUUCUGAUGUAGAAUCGUUUUUAAUAGAAAAUGGAAUGUUAGCUGAUAGAAGCUGUGUACCUAGCAUUAUUUCAGGCAUAAAACAAGAACAAUGUUAAUAAGAAAGUACUUUAUGAAGUAAUAAGUAAAAGUAUAUUUCUAAGCAUCAUUUCUUCUAUAAAUCUUCAUAUACACUAGCAUUCAUAUUUGUCAACUCAUUUUCUAUAUUGUUUAUAGAUUAUAUUUAUUUCUAUUAGUUGUACAAAAAUCAUAGUAAGAAAAUAAUAAAAUUUCGAAGUGUUAUCCAAUUACAA